GUCGUCGUCGGUCCCAGUUGUUCCGUGCGUCUCGACCGCGACCUAAGCGGGAAAACCGGCAAGAUAGGGGAGCACGAGGCACGAGACGCGUGUGUACUGCUCUUCGGGGAAUUUUUCUCAAGUAGAAAUUUUUUUGACGCUUGUGAUUUCUUUUUGGUGCGGUGUAAUGGAACUGUCCGGACGGUUGGCUGAGUGGCAAAAUGAUCUAUAAUAAUCAUACAGUAUCAGCCAUGAAGAAUACCAAUUAGAGAAACCACAAUGAAUGAUUUUCCGACGUUUAGUGAAGUGGUGACGGAACCGUCGACCAAUGAAACAGAUUUCGACCACAUUGCCAACAACACUUCGAUCUACUCAAUCUCUUUGGACAAAACGUGGCCACCUUUCGCGUGGACGCUAUGUUUUCUGAUUGUGCUCAAAUCGACGGUGAUGGCAUUGAUAAUUGUGGCCGCGUUGUUCGGUAAUCUGCUGGUGAUCGUAUCGGUUAUGCGUCACAGAAAACUGAGAGUGAUCACCAACUAUUUCGUCGUCAGUUUGGCGCUGGCCGACAUGUUGGUCGCCAUUUGGGCGAUGUGCUUCAAUUUCAGCGUCGAAUUAACCGGUGGCAUUUGGAUCUUCGGCUACUUCAUGUGCGACGUUUGGAACAGUCUGGACGUCUACUUCUCCACCGCUUCCAUCCUCCAUCUCUGUUGUAUCAGCGUUGACAGGUACUAUGCAAUCGUUCAGCCCUUGGACUACCCGCUAAUAAUGACCAACCACCGACUGGUGAUGAUGUUGGCUGUGGUUUGGUGCAGCCCGGCACUGCUGUCGUUCCUACCGAUCUUCAUGGGGUGGUACACCACUAGCGAUCAUCUCGAGUUCCGCAGGAGGAACCCGCAACUGUGUCAGUUCACCGUGAACAGGACUUAUUCGGUCAUAUCGUCCAGUGUCAGUUUCUGGGUGCCGGGAAUGGUCAUGAUCUUCAUGUACUACAGGAUCUACGUCGAGGCCGACCGCCAAGAACGGAUGCUGUACAGGAGUAAAGUGGCUGCGGCCCUGCUGAACAAACACCUGCAGAUCAACGGGAUUUCGGCCGGUUUGACGUCGUUAAGGCAAUCGGUCGAUGGUGAUUUGGAGGGCGAGAAACAUCAGGAUCCGGGAACCAGCAGCAAGAUGCGUAGGGAACGGAAAGCCGCCCGGACGCUCGGCAUCAUCGUUUCCGCUUUCCUCGCAUGCUGGCUACCGUUUUUCUUAUGGUACGUAAUAACAGCGAUCUGCGGACCGAAGGUGUGCUACAGCCCGCCUUGGGUUGUGACCCUCGUGUUCUGGGUCGGCUACUUCAACUCGGCCCUGAACCCGCUCAUCUAUGCCUACUUCAACCGCGAAUUCAGGGUGGCGUUCAAGAAAACGUUGCAGAGCUGCUGUCAAAUCACCUCGAAGCUGGUGUGCUGGAAGUGGAGGGCGCAUCGCGAGCCCCAUCUGAACUACAGCAACGCGUCAAGCGAGAUGCACUGCAACAAUUUCUUGAGGACAGAUCUGAGGGCGGAGGCGAUCGCUCAACGGUUCAGUCACAAUAUAUCCGAGAACGAGGUCAUCAAUUUGCAGAGCGAGGCUGUCAUUUAAAUUUAAGGUCUGAAAUAACUGAAAAAACAACAUAUAUCAACUCAACGUGUGUAUACAUAUUUACCGAUGCUCAACAACGUGUUUAAUUUUAAUUUGUACAUUUAUAAAUGAGGUAUUGUGUAAUUUUUAUGUUCGUUCACUUUAUACUUCAAAAGUUAUGGCAUUGUGCACUCGUUUCUACCAAAGCAUCGAUUUGGUAACUGAUAAAUAUCAUUUAUCUAAUUGUAGAUUGAAACUAAGAAAAGUUGUUGACAAUUAAAAACUGAAUAAUGACCAAUUAAAAUAAUUAAUUAACAA